GAUAUUUGAUAUUUCCACAACGAGUCAGAUCAAGUCUGGAGUAAUCAGAACCUUACAAUCAAUCUCAUUUUAUCCCCACAACCCAAACGGAUCUAAAAUACAUACAAGAAUUGAUUUUUAGAUUCAUUUAUCAUGGCUGAUGUACUGGAGGAGGGUCAAGAGUCGGGCAAUUCGCUGGCAGAAUGGACCCAGCCGAAAACAGAGGAGCAACUGAUGGCCGAAGACUUCGGCCAGGUCAAGGUACUGGUGGAGGCUGGACAGCAGGAGGGGUAUCUGCAGCUGCACCCCGCGGAGGUGCAUAAGUUCGUGGUGGCCAGCUACUACGAUGACGUAGUCGAGGAGUUCGCUGAAGCCGACCAGCAGGAGGUCGGCAGGUGGGCCACAGCCACACCCUUGGGCCCGCUGAUCAAUCGGAUCGCGUCGCAGGACGAGAAGCAGUUGGGGAAAAUCCAAAGGGAUCCGAUCACGGGCGAGCGCUACAUGCUGGUGCCCAUUGAAAUCAAUCUUCUUAUCGACAGCGACAAAAUAUGCGACAUGUUUGAUGUGGAAUUCGAUGGCAUGCUGCAUCAGGACCUCCAGAAGAUUGUCAAGGAGGAGAUGCUCGAGAGGGAGACAAUUGUGCUCGAGACAACAGGGGACAAUGUGGCGGAUCAGGAGGAUCCCCCAAAGGAGGAACCUCGUGGAGAAAGACAGCAGCGGCAGCCUCAAGAAAACAUCCAGAAGGAGGAUCUUCAAGAGGAGAGCCAGAAGGAGGAGCCCCAAAAAGAGGGCCAGAAGGAGAAGCCUCAAGAGGAGAAGCCUCGAGAGGAGAACCAGAAGGAGGAUCCUCAGGAGGAAAGCCAGAAGCAUAAGCCUCAAAACAAGAACCAGAAGGCGAAGCCUCAAAAGAAGAGCCAGAAGGAGGAGCCCAAAGAAGCGGGCCAGAAGAAGAAGCCUCAAGAGGAGAGCCAGAAGGAGGAGUCUCAGGAGGAGAGCCAGAAGUAUAAACCUCAAAAGAAGAACCAGAAGGCGAAGCCUCAAAAGAAGAGCCAGAAGGAGGAGCCCCAGGAAGCGGGCCAGAAGGAGAAGUCUCAAGAGGAGAAGCACAAGGAGGAGUCUCAGGAGGAGAGCCAGAAGCAUAAACCUCAAAACAACCAGAAGGCGCAGCCUCAAAAGAAGAGCCAGAAGAAGGAGCCCCAAGAAGAGGGCCAGAAGGAGAAGCCUCAAGAGGAGAAGCCUCAAGAGGAGAACCAGAAGGCGGAUCCUCAGGAGGAGAGCCAGAAGUAUAAACCUCAAAAGAAGAACCAGAAGGCGAAGCCUCAAAAGAAGAGCCAGAAGGAGGAGCCCCUAAAAGAGGACCAGAAGGAGAAGCCUCAAGAGGAGAACCAGAAGUCGGUGAUCAUGGUGCCCCCGAUAACAUUCUCGCUCAAAGAGCGCUUCGUCCUAGGGCCACACCAGAAUGCGCGGAGGUGUAGCAGCAGCAGAGAGAGAGGACUCCGCACCACCCACUCUCAAUAAUUUCGGAGCCUAAGCAGAAGCCAGAGGAGAGCAGAAUGGCCUAGAGAGCGGAGCAGAACUGAGUGGAGCUCUAAGCCAUUUUGUUGUCCACUAAAAAUUCAAAAUUCAACUAAAAAUUUCGAGUACACAGUGUUUAGAGAUCUUUGCUUUUUCUAAAUAUAAAUCAAGCGAUCGUUCUAUCGUUAUAUUUGGCU